CUUUUUCCUAUUGCCUGUUUCGAUUGUCACGCUGAACAUGAACGUGAGCGAUAAGAGCAACAACGACUUGCUAUUCAUCAACUUCAACCAGGAUUACAGUUGUAUAUCCGUAGGCACCAAGCGGGGUCACAGGAUAUACAACUGUGACCCUUUCAACAACUGCUACUCGAAAUCUGAGGGUGGAACAGGGAUCAUUGAAAUGCUUUUCUGCACCUCGCUCGUUGCCCUGGUAGGAGCUGGCGAACAUCCAGGUUUCUCGCCAAGGCAUUUACAGAUUAUCAACACCAAGCGACAAUCGACAAUUUGUGAACUUACAUUUCCAACAUCCAUCCUUGCUGUGAAAAUGAACCGUCGACGACUUAUCGUAGUCCUUGAAGAACAAAUUUUCGUUUACGAUAUCAGCAAUAUGAAGCUUUUACACACUAUUGAUACGAGCCCCAACCCUUCAGCAAUCUGUGCCCUGUCACCAUCGAGUGAAAACUGCUACUUGGCUUACCCGUCCCGAUCUUCCACCACUUCUCCGUUUGGCGGUAGCCAUCAAGCCGCGCAACCAUACUAUGCAACCGGUGAUGUGGAAAUAUUUGAUACCCUGUCUUUGCAGCUUGUGAAUAUCGUGCAAGCCCACAAGACCCCAGUGAGCGCCAUCACCAUGAAUUCGGAAGGAACCAUGCUGGCGACCGCGAGUGAAAAGGGCACUGUGAUACGUGUUUUCUCGGUGCCGGACGCCAACAAACUGUACCAGUUCCGUCGGGGCUCGUAUCCUGCCAAGAUUUAUUCCAUGUCGUUCAACUUGGUGAGCACAUUACUGUGCGUAUCCAGCGAUACCGAGACCGUCCACAUCUUCAGAUUGACAUCAAGCGCGGGUUCAGGCGCCAGUGGCAGCAAUGGUUACGUGAGUGGAGCGAACAACUAUGACAGGCAUGGUAACGAUGUCCGAAGUCGGAGUUCGAGUGUAGGUCAAACCCUACGUCGAUCCUCCUUGUUGGGUCGUAACUUAGCCGGUAGCGUAGGCUCAUACUUGCCGGAAAUGUUUACUGAGAUGUGGGAACCUACCAGAGACUUUGCAUCGCUAAAAUUACCCAGUGCUGGUGUACGCAGUCUUGUUGCUCUCAGCAGCACCACACCGCAAGUCAUGGUCGUUACUUCGGAAGGAUACUUUUAUCAGUACAAUAUCGAUCUCGAAAACGGAGGUGAAUGUGUUCUUCUUAAACAAAACAGUCUACUUGAACCUAUUGAACAUGAUGUCAAUAAUCAAAUGGGAGAAUAGUUACUCGAACAUUUUCUUCUUUUCUUUAUUCUCCUCUUUUUCUUUUGACAUCCAAUAUCAUCCACUCGUUGCAGACAUUUUAUAUGCAUAUUACAACUUUUUCGUUCGCGAUACCCUGCUGUUUCCAUCGUUGCUAAUAAACCAGAACAGACUAAUGCCGCUCGCAUC